AAACGCGAAUGGCAUAUCCCAAUAUUAUUGCGCUUGCGCUUUGACUCAUUGUGAUCAAAGAUGGCGGCGGCGACGUCGUGAAAUUUGCAACUUUCCACCAAAUUCAUCCUUAUUCUUCCACGCCAUGGCCGAGAAUCAAGAAUCAACGCCAGACGUAGACAGCAUGGCUAGCGCAGAAGGCUCAGAGGCCAAGCAAUCGGGAGAAAUCGGAGCGAAUCCCGAGGAAGGAUCGUUAAAACUCGGCGACGAAUCGGCUGGUCUACCCGAUGACACUCAACAAAACACAGCUGAUCCCAACUGUUUGUCCAAAGAACCCACCGAUGCAACAGACGAGCCGAAAGCUCUAAUCCAAACAGACGCGUCUAACGCCGAAGAAAAGGAGACUGAGUCUAUACCAGAGGCCUCUAUACAACGGGAGAGUUCGGGAAUUGACGCCAUUAUAGAGAAUAGGGAAGAGCUUUCUGAUGCCUCGGCUGAAAGUGGUACGACAGAAGCAAGACAAGACAACAACAAGAUGCAAGUUGACGACAACGACCCGAACAAUGACUCAGAAACCGGGGAAAAGAUUAGCCCCGAAUCCUGUAUGCAAGUUGAUCCCAUCGGGGCCAUACCAAGUACUUCUGAGAAAGGGGUGGAAGGGGAGGAACCAUUAGGCGCGGAGGGGGGAGAGCUGUCCCCCGGGAAGGUAGCAUCAGCAGCGCAAAGUCUCUACCAAGUCAAGUGGAUAAAAUGGAAAGGAAAGGACACCCCUAUCGUGACGCAGAAUGAGAACGGCCCGUGCCCAUUGCUGGCUCUCAUGAAUGUUCUUUUCAUGACGUGGAAGGUGCAACUACCCCCCGGAACGGAAGUGGUCACGUCCGAUCAGCUUAUGGAUUAUUUAGGUGACUGUAUCCUCUCAAGUGCGCCUAAGAAUUGCACGGAGGGUCAACUCUUAAACUACGAGCAGAAUUUCCACGAUGCCAUGUCGGUCUUCCACAAGCUUCAGACAGGCCUGGAUGUGAACGUGAAGUUUACUGGAGUCCGGCACUUCGAGUACACGCCCGAGUGUAUAGUCUUCGAUCUGUUAGGAAUAGCCCUUUACCACGGUUGGCUGAUUGACCCUCAGAACCUGGACAUCGUGACUGCGGUCGGGAACUGCAGCUACAACCAGCUGGUGGAGAAAAUCAUCUCCAGCAAGUCAGCACAGGACAGCGAGGUCGUCAGUCAAGGUAUGAUGGCGGAAGCGUACCUGGAGAGCACGGCCUCACAGCUGACGUACCACGGUCUGGCAGAGCUGAGUGGCACGGUCAAGGAGGGCGAGUUCUGCGUCUUCUUUAGGAACAAUCACUUCAGUACGAUGUACAAACACAAGAGUGAGCUCUUCCUGCUGGUGACAGACCAGGGUUUCCUGGGAGAGCCCAACGUUGUGUGGGAGACACUUUCCAACGUAGAAGGUGAUUCUACCUUUGUUGACGCCGACUUCCGGACGACCAUACCAAACCACGGGGGGUCCGCACAAGUGCCUUUGAGUUCCCAACAGCAGAUCGAUCAGGUACUGAAAACUGUCGUGAGCUCAUUGGGCGAUUCCUUCCGAACGCUCGCUAGCUAUGCGCCGCUGCCUCAACAAAGCAAACAGCAAAUGGACCAGGACUAUUUAGUAGCGCUGACCCUACAACAGGAGGCAGCACAGGACGGAGAACAGCAGCCGGCUGCCAUGUCAGAUCUUGAGCUCGCCAAGAAGCUACAAGAAGAAGAAGAUGCGAGAGCGCAGCAAUUGUACGCUCAGCAGUUACAACAACAACAGCAGCGACAACAACAACAACAACAGGCUGCGGGCGCUGCCCAGCCCCAGCCCCUACCCCCCCAGGCACAGCCCAUCCCAGCCGGUCAACCCCCCAGGAAGAAAGAGGCACCUUCACAACCUAAACCUCCGACCCCCCCUCAACCAUCUCAACCGGUCGCCUCAGGGGGGCAACCCCCUGCUGCACCCAAGAAGAAAGAGGACAAGUGUACAAUUCUAUGAUGGCUGUGCUGCUGAGUUUAAACCCCACCAGAAGAAACCCUGCCACCCCUAUUUUCAAGUCCGAGAGCCCACACUAGAACAAACUCCAAUACAAAAAUUGGAUGAACUAUUUUGUCUGUAUAGGGGGAAAUUUUUUACGAAAAAUCUUGAGAUACCCCCAAAAGGGGUAAUGGUGCAGUCCGGUUAUAAUAGACUGACAUAGAGAAAAGGGCCGUGGCAUUUUGAAAGUAGGGAUGGACCAGGUGUAGUGGAGGGGAAGUUAGGAAGCUUCCAGAUGACAUACUCCACUCUUGCAAGACACAUAUUUGGGAAAAUGUGCAUUCCAAUCAGGAACAAUGUGGUAUGCAGAUCAUACAAUGUACCAAACUGUGCCUCAGUCCAAAAAAUGUUACUCCUGCAGUACCGAUAUACUCUGUUAGAGGGAGCUUCAAACAUGCAAGCUUAAAACACCAUGUGUGUGUCAGAGAAAUGUUUUGUACAAUCCUAGAUUUGUAGUUUUGAAGCAGUGUUAAACUAUUGUGAAACUCAUAUUCUGUUGCAUUUCCAAACUUAUUGUGGAAAAAGAGAUUUUUUGAAGCCCAUCAUUAUAAUAAAAAAUUAUUGUAAUCCUGUCACAGCAGUGAAAAUUUACAAAAAUUAAAAUUUUUUUUCAGAUUGUUAGAUGUAGAUCUAGCAUUGACAGCCAAAGCUUAAUAAGAACAAUGGAAAAAAAUGUAUGAAAGUUUGAAAAUAUUAUUUUGAAUCAGUUUUGCCAGAAAGACUAUCACCCCCAUGUUUGUAAUAACA